CGACUUUCGGUCACCUUAUUGAGUGACGGCAGAGGCGGAGCUCCAACUGACAUGUUCAUUAAGGGCAGGGCUCCGAGACCACGUCCCCAAGAUCGACGUCUUGCUACCCGGGGCGGCCAGAGGCAAGCGGCUGUAGCCCCGCCUCCGGCCUUGGGCUCCACCUCCCGGCCCCACUUCCGCCGGGCGAGCGUCGGUAGGGGCCGCUGCCGUAAAUCAGGCAGGAGGUUUGCCGCAUCACGGAAGAUGGCGGCCGCGGCGGUGAACGGGGCGGCAGGCGUCUCAACCUCGGGGCCUGCCGCGACCUCUGGCACUAUCCUGCAGGCCGCCGCUGGCAUGUACGAGCAACUUAAGGGCGAGUGGAACCGUAAAAGCCCCAAUCUUAGCAAGUGCGGGGAAGAGCUGGGGCGCCUCAAGCUAGUUCUGCUGGAGCUCAACUUCCUUCCAACCACAGGGACCAAGCUGACCAAACAGCAGCUCAUUCUGGCCCGUGACAUACUGGAGAUCGGGGCCCAGUGGAGCAUCCUGCGAAAGGACAUCCCCUCCUUCGAGCGCUACAUGGCACAGCUCAAAUGCUACUACUUUGAUUACAAGGAGCAGCUCCCUGAGUCAGCCUAUAUGCACCAACUCUUGGGCCUCAACCUUCUUUUCCUGCUGUCUCAGAACCGGGUGGCUGAGUUUCACACAGAACUGGAGCGGCUUCCUGCCAAGGACAUCCAGACUAAUGUCUACAUCAAACACCCUGUGUCCCUCGAGCAAUACCUGAUGGAGGGCAGCUACAACAAGGUGUUCCUGGCCAAGGGGAACAUCCCUGCUGAGAGUUACACUUUCUUCAUUGACAUCCUGCUUGACACUAUCAGGGAUGAGAUUGCUGGAUGCAUCGAAAAGGCCUAUGAGAAAAUCCUUUUCACUGAGGCCACCCGGAUCCUCUUCUUCAACACACCCAAAAAGAUGACAGACUAUGCCAAGAAGCGAGGGUGGGUCCUUGGCCCCCACAACUACUACAGUUUUGCCAGCCAGCAGCAGAAACCGGAAGACACCACCAUUCCCUCCACAGAACUGGCCAAACAGGUCAUCGAGUACGCCCGGCAGCUGGAGAUGAUCGUCUGAACUCACCAGCCACUGUGGUGGGGCAGGUUACGCCUUCUUUAAGACACAGUACUGGGUUUCCUCAAAUAAAGGUGGAUUGACAUUCUU